AAACAGAGAAGUGUUUCACUUGCUCUGUUUCUGCUGAAACCACUUUUACUUUGUCGUCUCUCGUCUGUAGCAGUCUGAUCAUUUGGUGAUGAGUUUUCUGACAGUCCAGUCUGUGAACAUCAUGACAGGCAUCAUGUUACUGAGUCUCCUCUUUAUUCCAAACUCUUUGGCUGCUUGUCCUGAUCCUACAAACCUGUUCAUCACUGCACCAACAGAGAUGGAAGCUCUGAGUGGAUCUUGUUUACAAAUCCCAUGUAACUUUAGUGAUGCUGGACCAGUAAAGUUUGACAGCACACAACCUGUCUUUGGAGUGUGGAUUAAAAGUCAUUUUAAACUUUAUCCAGAAAACGUGAUCUUCAACAGCAGUGGGACAGUUAACAUCUAUCCAAUGAACAUUACAGGAAACCUGAAGGAGAAAAGCUGCACCACUCUGUUUUCCAAUUUAAUCACAAAUUAUACAAACACAUACUACUUCAGAAUUAUGAACUGGCCGUUCAGAUCAACAGCUUUUUGUGAACCUGUUCAAAUAACAAUUAAAGAUUCUCCUUGGAGGCCCGAUAUUACAAUCCCAGGUGAUCUGAAGGAGAAGGAGUCUGUCACUAUAACCUGCUCAGCUCUCACUCCCUGUCCACACUCCCCUCCUCAACUCACCUGGAAUCUCCAACAAGACUCUCACAACAAAAUAGAGGAAAACACAGAUGGAAGCUUUACAACUAAAAUCCAGCAGACCAUCACUCUGUCAGACACACAUGAUGGAAAGAAGAUCAGCUGCUCUGCCAGAUAUCCUGUGAACCAAGGAAAAGACACCAAGACAGCAGAGACAGAAGAGACUCUCAGUGUUUCAUAUGCUCCUAAAGACACCUCAACAUCCAUCAGUCCAUCAGGUUUGGUGUCAGCAGGCAGCUGGGUGAAGCUGACCUGCUCCAGCAGAGCCAAACCUCCAGUCAGCAGCUUCACCUGGUUCAAGAAGAGCAGAGAUGGAGCUGUGAAAGUAUCUGAAGGAGAGAUUUACAGCUUCAGUGUAACAGAUGGAGGAGUUUAUUACUGUGUGGCCACUAAUGAUCUGGGUAAUCAGACAUCAGCAGAGAUUCGUGUGUCUGUUACAGAUGAACAGUCAGGAAAACUGUUCGGUGUCUGCAUUGUAGUGAAGACUGUGGGAAUCAUACUGCUUGUGAGCACACUGGUCUUAUUUGAGUGCUGGUUUAGAUCAAGACAGUUCAACAAACCAGAGACAGAAACCAUCUACAUGAAUCAAGCUGCAUCAUAGUCCAAACUAGUGCAACAGGAGGACAAAAAUCUUGGACAUCAGUCAUGUGAACAUCUGCAUGCUGACUGAAACAUCUGUAUAGAAUUCAAAGUAAUGUUAAUAUUUGUGAAACCUACUGUUUACAUUAACUAACAUCAUAGCGUGGUGUUGCUGCACAACAAUGACUCUGUACUUAUUGUGGAGUUACUGUGUAUAUGAUAUGAUAUGAUAUGAUGAAUGAUAAAGUGUCUGUUUGUGGCUGAUUUACUUCACUGGUGAAGAACUAAUAAAACAAACAAAGUUUCUAUCAGCUUUUACAACAACAUUUCUUAAUCAUGUGGUCAGUGAUUCUGUGUACUGAUUCUUUGUGUGCGUUCAUUUUUUAAGAUAUUAUUUGUUCCAUAAUUACAUGCAUGUGCCCAUUCAGUGGUUUGUUGUGUCAGA